AUGGGUCGGUUUCUGGGUCAGUUGUACCUAAGCAUUAUUGAUGGCAAGAAGAUUAGCCACUCGUAUGCUCAGUUUCGUCGACGGAAGUCGCAGGCUUCGUGCUACCGGAAGGUGGCAUGUGGUGCCGACGUGGUCAAGUGCGGAGGGGCUGACCCGUGCGGUGGCAAGGCGGAGCCGUACGUGAACAUAUUUGUGGUGGAUGGCGGCGGGAACAAGUAUAAGGUGGGGCGGACGAAGACGGUAUUUCCGACGAACGAUCCAGUGUGGAACGAGCAGUUGGUGACGGUGAUUGACACGGAGGACCGGGCGUACGUGGCGAUCAAGGAGGUGACGAAGCCCUUCAUCCAGCUGCAGGUCAUGGAUGACGACGGCGGUGGCGAUCACUUCUACGCCGACGACUUGAUUGGAGAGGCCGUGCUGCCGCUGGAAGACGUUAUGUUGGCCUCGCCUCGCGCAGACGUGGAGACGCCGCGCGACUUUACACUGCCCGUUACGCACCCGCGCGAUCGAGACAGCGCGCGGGCCGAAAGCUCCAUCCGUGUCCGUGUCUGGUGGGAGGACAUGGGCUCCUAUGACGGCGUGGCCGUACCCGGGACGUACUUCCGGCGCACACGGGGCAACAUGGUUCGUUUGUAUCAUGACGCACACUGCGAGGCGGGUGACUUCGAAAACAUCCGCCUCCAAGGCCCACUGCAGAACUUGAUGUUUAGCGCACAGAACUGUUGGGAAGACAUCUAUCACGACCUCAACAACGCGCAGGAAGUGAUUCUUAUGUGUGGCUGGUCAGUGAACACGGCACUCUCUCUCGUCCGCAACGACUCGACCUGUGGCGAGACUAUCGGUGAAUUGCUACUGCGCAAGGCCGAAGAAGGCCUCACAAUCUGCGUCAUGGUGUGGGACGAUGUCACCUCCCUCUCCAACCUUGCCAUGGCCAAGGACGGGCUUAUGGGCACAUACGACGAGUACACUCGCCAGUUCUUCGAAGGCACUCAGGUCCAAUGUGUGUUAUCCAAACGCGUCGCCGGCGAUGACCAGGGAAUCAUGAUCGGGCCUAUGUGGUCGCCGUUGAAGGGCAGCAGCUUCACACACCAUCAAAAAAUUGUGGUUUGCGAUGUGGAUGCGGUCCAGGGUCUCCGAGGUAAGGGCUCCUACAAGAACAGCGACCAGCCGAAGCGGUGUCUGGCGGCCUACGUGGGUGGGCUGGACCUGACAAGUGGUCGGUACGACACAAGUCGCCACCAGUUGUUCAAGACGCUGACGUGUGAACACGAGAAGGAUUUUUACAACGGCUGUUGUGCAGAGGUCGACUCCACUCAUGGGCCGCGGGAGCCGUGGCAUGACAUCCACAGUCGUAUCCAGGGUCCGGGUGCGUGGGACGUGUGCGAGAAUUUCCUCGAGCGGCUGCAGAGCCAACAGCAGAUCUGUUCGACUACGAAUAAGUGCACAGGCUGCAAUCAAUGCAAGGCAUACCGACUGGCCUCAACGCGGCUGGCACAUACGGUGAAGAACAACAAGAUCACUAGCAAGACGGCCUGUGGGGUGUCCACAGCGGAUGUGAAUGUGUGGAGCGUCCAAGUGCUACGUUCGAUCGAUACGAUGAAUGCAGUGUUGAACUCAGCGUUUGCAGCCCGUUAUAAUGACCCGACGGGGCUAAUGACGGACAAGAGCAUCCAGGCAGCUUAUUUGUACAAUAUUGAUCGAAGCAAACGUUACAUUUACAUUGAGAACCAGUACUUCCUUGGUUCAAGUCAGUACUGGCUAAGUCGGAGUGUACAGUCGGAUCCGUCGAGCGGAGAUGGGCAAUACUCGGGUAAUGAAGUGUUGUCUCCGCAUCUGGUGCCAUAUGCAUUGAUGAAGAGAAUUGCACGGGCGAUAGCGCGGAACGAGGACUAUUGUGUGUAUAUCAUGACUCCGCUCUUCCCAGAGGGAAUACCGACCUCAAUGUCGGUACAAGAGAUUCUUCAGUGGCAAUUUCUGACUAUGCAAAUGAUGUACUAUCAUGUGCAGCAGAAAUUGCGGGAAUACCAGAGCAACAAAGAGUGCACGGACUACUUACAAUUCUGGUUCCCAGCCAAAAUCGAAAAGAAUCCCUGUUUCCCGAACAAUCCCUAUCCAAAAAGUACUGUCUGUGAAGGCACCGUAGCUAAAUUCCAAAUAUACGUUCAUAGCAAAAUGAUGAUCGUCGAUGAUGAAUACGCGAUCAUCGGAAGCGCCAAUAUCAACGAACGUUCCAUGGCCGGAGGACGAGACUCGGAAAUUGCUGUCGGGCUCUCACAAGAAUACCUUCGAUGCACCAUCAACCUCGAAGCUGACAAACCCAUCCUACCCAAAGGCGAUAUUUAUGGGUUCAGAAUGCAACUCUGGCAGGAACAGUUCGGAUGCAUCAAACCCGAGUUCGAAGACCCCGGCAUCCCGGAAUGCGCCCGACUAACCAAAACCAUGACUACUGCAAAUCUAGACGCACUAUACAGCAUCCAGAGCGAUGCUGCACCCUACACAACCUACGACGUACACGCGGACAACCAAGGCAACCUCUCACUACCCUACGGAUACGCCUGCAAACACCCCACCGAAUACGACUCGAACGGAAUUCUCAAACCCCACUCAAAAUACAUCAAUAUCAUCAACUCAACCGCACCCGUCAUCGGAGCCCGAAGCGCAUUCCUGCCCGCUCCUCUUACAACCUAA